CCUAGUUAAAGAAAGUCUCGUCUAUGUAAUUGAUUCUUGACCUACAGUACUGAUGACGUCUAUUCCUCGUAAUUCCUGGCUGGCAGGGCUUCACAAGCAUAACUAGAUGCAGCUGUUCCGGCGAGCUGCAUUACAUAUCGUCUUACAUAUCGUCUUACAUAUCGUCCAACAGUUGGGCCUGCGGUCUAAAUCCAAAUCCACUCAACCAUGGAAAAAAACAGCGAAUAAUACAUCACCGUCUCCCAUAUAUAUUUUCCAUGUUCCCCGUUGUUGUUGUAAACAAUUCAACCUCAAGUCACGAUAAGUCUAUAAGGUACCUAAGAUUUCUAGAUCUUCGACUAUAACGAAACUUCGCAGCAUAAGCGAAGUUAAGCUUAAAAGUCUCAUGGAGGGCGCUACUACCACCACAUCGCCCCCUCCUCAGGUUCGAAAGCAUGUCGAUGGUGAUACUAAGGACCGCCCGACAUUGGCAAAUGGAGGACCUACAAAACCGGCCUUGAAGAACACUCCGUCUACCCUGCAACAGCACAUCGCCUUCUUCGACCGCGACAACGACGGCAUCAUCUGGCCCAUGGACGUAUACAACGGGUUCCGCGAGCUAGGCUUCUGCAUCCUCUUCUCCCUCGGCUCCCUGCUCAUCCCCAUAUUCUUCUCCUAUCCCACACGGCUAGGCCACUCGUGGAUCCCCGACCCGUUUCUGCGCAUCUACGUCGCCGACAUCCACAAGGCGAAGCACGGCUCCGACUCGGGCGUCUACGACUCCGACGGGCACUUCAGCCCGGACCGGUUCGACCGCAUGUUCGCGCGCUUCGACACGUCCGGCACGGGCGGGCUUAGCGUGGACGACCUGAGGUUGUUGCUGAGCAAGGACCGGUGCGCGGCCGAUCCGGCGGGCUGGAGCUUUGCGUUCAUGGAGGUCUGGACGACGUGGCUUUUGCUGCAGAAGGAUGGGAGGGUUUGGAAGGACGAUCUGAGAGCGUGUUAUGAGGGCACGUUGUUCUGGAAGAUAAGCGAGGAAAGGACCAGAGGGGAUGGCUGGCAGAAAGGCUACGGGAUUCACGACUUUGUACAGAGCUUGUGGCUUCAUGGGACUUGGAAGAGUUGGGAAACGCAAACUAAGGAAGCUAAGUAAGUCAUCAAAACAGAACAUUGCCUUGUUUAAAAUAUAGGAUGUUGUAUUCCUAUCACGCCUCUCAUAGUGAUCUACCAACCCUUCAAGCUUCAGUGAUGUCAAAAGCUAUACCAUACAUAAGUCUACGGAUCGAAGUCCCAAUUGUCAACGGGCGGAAUUUUGUGAAGAGGAUAUGGUCUCUCGUCGUCGCCA